ACCCACACACCAUCAUCUUCAUCAUGAAGGCCAUCAGUCCCGUCCGCUCAGUCAGGAACUGCUACAAAGCUGUGUGCUGCAUCUCCGAGCAGAGCCUGGCCAUAGAUAAACACUCCUGCGUGGGGGAGCCGGCUGGUGCUCUGUGCGACAUGAACGACUGCUACUCCCGGCUGAAGCAGCUGGUUCCUAGCAUCCCCCAGAACAAGAGCGUCAGCCAGGUGGAGAUCCUGCAGCACGUCAUCGAUUAUAUCUUCGACCUGCAGAUCGCCCUGCAGGCGGAGGAGGAGACGACCAGGAGCAGGCCGGAGGUGCUGCUCUCCAUACAGACUGCAGACCUCACUCACAACUUCCCCAAAGAAGAAGGGCAGCUGUGCCACUAGGAGGAGAGAGACCACAGAUAAUGGUGCAGGGAAACACAUGUCUCCACUUCAGGCCGGGCAAGAGGACAAGAGGGCCAGAGAGGGUGGGAUAGGUAUUUGGGAAGAAGAAGGAGGAGGAGGAGGAGGUGCGUGGUUUUAAGAAAGGAAGAAAAGCCCAGAAAAAAAGUGGACUGUUUCCUAGAUGAGGAGUAGGAGGAAAAACACAGACUCAUACUUUUGGAUCCUGGAAAGACAAAUCAACACACCAAAGCAGAGGCCAGGACUAAAAAGUGAAAGUGAACAUUCCCGCUCUAACAAACCAGAGACUCCUGAUAGAUACAUUUUUAAAAACUAUUGGUACAUUUUCUUUUAUUAUUUUUGUUUCUUGCAUUCCAAACCUUUUGACCCACACCGGUCAAACAUCCCAUAAAGUCGAAUCAUAUGUAGAUUUCUACCUUUGUUAAAUGAAUGUGUACAUAUCUGCUGUGAGUAUGUGAGGUGUGUGUGUGCGCGUGUGUGUGUGUCAGUUUGUAUAAUCACAACUCUACACUAGAGUUAAUUGUAAAUGUUUGUAGGGAUGGUGUUAUUUCUGCAGACAAGCUGAAGUGAGUUUCAUAAACUCUUUUUAUUCUAAAGUUUGCUUCACAUGUACGUUCCUAUGUUAAUGAAAUAAAAGUGAACCAAUCUGA